AUGGUGCGCAAAGGCCAGGCGUUGGCGGACGCCAGCACCACCUGCGUGGGAUUGCCAGUUUGUUCAAAGUAUGCCAACCGUUUCCUGAAAGUCGUGCUGUACCCCAUCCUGGACCUUAUCCUGCCAUGGCCAGGCGCGAAGCUUGAGAUCACCAAGUUCGUGGACGGCCUGGCGCUGCGCCUUGUCGGUACCUUGAAGCAGCUGGGAGCCACUUUCCUUGCAGUGGUCAAGGGGCUGAAGGGGAAGUCCAAGUUCGUGGCCAGCCACGUCGGUUUGACUGACCGCGUGAGCACGGAGCUCCAGGAUGUCGGCCUGCAGCACGGCACCAGCGAGCGGUGGCUGGGCGCCGACUACCAGCCGCAGGCGCUGCGCAGGCGCACCACCCGAGCCAAGCGGCUGAAGAUCGCUCGGGGCAGGUGGCGCAAAGCGGCAGCGCUGAAACGUCGGGGAGUUCGAGUACGACCAGUGGUGCAGCAGGGCCUGAAGGCGUCGGUCGCCUACGGCGCGUCCUGCACAGGGAGCUCCCCAGCCAUCAUGAGGUUCGGGGAGGCGAAGACGGCUGCAGUGCGCGCGGGCGCGGGCGCCUUCCGUCCGGGCACGCUAGGCAGGGCGCUGGCCAUCAGGACGGACGGCGCCGAGCAGCUGCGGCGGGCGCCGAUGCGAGCCUGGCCGUGCGAGGCGUGGGGCUGCGCCGGCCGCCACAAGGUCAUGGCCCACGCCUGGGGCCGUCAGUGGCCAGCGCUGCAGCGAGCUUUAAAGUCAGCUCCCGACGCUUUCGACCAUUGGAGGAUAUUCAAGGGCCCAGCAGCUGCCACCAUGAUGACGGCGCAUGAGAUAGGAUGGAUCAUGACUGACCCUUGGCACUUCCAGGUAUCCAACGAGCUGAUUGACAUUCGUGAAGUUUCGCCGCUGGAGGUGCUGAGACGGGCCGAGCACCCCAUCAUGGACAGGAGUGAGCUCACGGACCCUGUGGUGAAGUACAACUUCAGAGACGUGGUCCAUCUGCGCGAGACGGCGGCCAGCAGAGAGGAGCAGCGCUGUCGCGACGGUGACCUGCUACACUGGAAGUGGGCGCGGGGCCUCAUCCCAGACCCUGUAGGCGAGUACGUCGUCCCGACUCCUCCUGAUGCCUACACGUUCGGGGACUUGGGCGGUGACCGCGUCUUGUCGGGCUGGGUCGCCACGGACGGAUGCGUGUUUUGUCCCGACGUAGAUGAGCUAUCCACAGGAGGCUUCGCCGCCAUCAGCUGGGAUCGUGAGAAAAACGGUGAGCGUCAGGCUGUCUUUGGGAGCGUUCCCGUCUCACGGCACACGUCGGCCCACUGCGAGAUCAGGGCCGUCUUCCAG